UGCCUUCUUGAUCACUGUGAUUAAAGUCCUCAUCAUUCUGUUGUUUCUCUCAUCAUUCUCUUGUUUCUUUCUCGUCCUGGAUUUCAAUGGGCACCACAACGACUCUCCCUCCUUUGGCCGCAGUGAAACACUUGCACUACAGAGGGAAGCUACCUCUUUCUAUUACGACCGUCGUGAUCUGCACUCUCGCCUUCAUCGGCCUCAUGUACUCUGAAACAAUCAGCCCCUUCACUUCCAAGCUCAAGUCCUGCUCUAAAAGAGACUCCGUAACUUCGAGAUCCGGUAAAUCCCACGGAGCAGACAGUGACCGGGACGGAGAUAAAAGUGGCUACGACCCAGAAAUGGAUGACAGGUUCGAGUUCGACCCCGAGGAGUGCAGCGUGGUGAGCGGAAAGUGGGUGUUCAACAGCUCGUACGAGCCACCCUACACAGACAGAAGCUGCCCGUACCUCGACUGGCAAGUCUCAUGCGUCAAGAAUGGUCGGCCUGAUUCCGAUUAUCAGCGCUGGCAAUGGCAGCCCGACGACUGUCUAUUGCCUCCAUUCAACCCAGCGGAAGCACUGAAGAAACUUCGUGGGAAGAGAUUGAUGUUCGUAGGAGAUUCACUUCAAAGAGGGCAAUGGCAAUCCUUCGUGUGUUUGGUGGAGUUCAUCAUACCAGAAAACCAGAAGUCCAUGAAACGAGGUCGGGCUCAUUCGGUCUUCAAAGCAAAGGAAUACAAUGCUACGAUCGAGUUCUACUGGUCACCAUUUCUGGUGGAGUCCAAUUCCGAUCUGCGUAUCGUGGGCGAUCCGAAGAAGAGGAUUCUGAAGGUGGACUCGAUCUUGAAGCACGCAAAGCACUGGACUGGGGUCGACAUCCUUGUCUUCAACAGCUAUGUUUGGUGGAUGAGCGGACUCAGGAUCAAGUCGCUAUGGGGUUCGUUCGCAAACGGUGCAGAAGGGUACGAAGAGCUGGACCUGCCGGUCGCUUACAGAAUUGGUUUGAAAACGUGGGCAAACUGGGUUGAUUCCACCAUCAAUCCGAACGAAACCAGGGUCUUCUUCACCACUAUGUCCCCAACACACAUGAGGAGCGCGGAUUGGAAUCACAAGGAUGGCAUCAAGUGCUCCAACGAAACAAAGCCGGUGAUGAAGAAGAACCACUGGGGAACCGGCUCAGACAAGAGGAUAAUGAAGGUCGUGUCCAGCGUGGUGGGGAAAAUGAAGGUCCCCGUCACUUUCAUCAACAUCACGCAGCUCUCCGAGUACAGGAUCGACGGCCACUCAUCGAUCUACACCGAGACGGGGGGCAAACUGUUGACGGACGAGCAAAAGGCCGACCCUCUCCAUCACGCGGAUUGCAUACAUUGGUGCUUGCCCGGUGUCCCGGACACUUGGAACCAAAUAUUGUACGCUCAUCUGUAGGCAAGAGUACGGGAUACAUGGCCCAAUGUCCAUGUGUUCCUAUGACAAGAUAUUGUAUGAGCUUGAACGGCCAUAGAUGGUGGUCGGAGAUUGCGGGGGCGGCGUCCGGUGGCGGUGGAUGGGGAUGGGUGGAGGGAGUUGGGGCGUUGUGAGUGUUGGGGGCUUUGGAAACUAGAGAGCAGGGGAUCGAGGGAAGCAAUGGUUUGAGUGCUUGAUUUUUUUUUAUUUAAAAGACGGCACUUUGGUCUCAUUGUUUUGCAAAUAUGUACAUUUUUUUAAUAAAUUGUUUUACAAACA